GCCUGCCUGGGGUAUUCCUUACACAUGUUCCAGGGCUGCUUGCCCCUUUCUCUUUUCUUCUAAAUUCACCAGAUUCCCGUUUUUUUUUUUCUAAGGCAAAUCUCUGAUCCGGACACAGGCAAGAAUUUAAAAAGUAGCGAAGAUCCUGAUCAUCAGUCAAUGCUGGACUGAGGAUAGUGUGGUGGGGGAUUUGAUGGGCCAGCCUGAGCCAUGGCUCAUGGGAGGAAGUCAGAGAAGAUCACCAGAAUCCUGGGGCCCAGCCCUCCAUCCUGCCCUGGCCAUGCUGGAUUCAUAGAGAAAAAGCCAGGGACUAUUAGGAGAAUAUUGGCCACCAGCCCUCCACCCUGCCCUGGACCCACAGGAUCCACAGAAGAGUCUAAUGAAGGACCUCAUAAUGAAGGACCUCAGAAAGAAAGACCACAGAGUUUGAGGAGUAAGGGCCCUCCGCCCUGCCUUGGCCCCUUAUCCACAGGGGAGCCUACUAAUGAAGGACUGAUGAGCCUACUGAUGAGUCUGAGCAGCAAAGGCCCAACUGAAGGACCUCAUAAUGGGCCUCGGAGUCUGAAGAGUGAGGACCAUCCUCAGCACUCUCAGAGCACCAGCAUUGAGGAGCUGGACAAUAACAAUGACGAGAGGACCCCUGGCCCUGCAGCACCUGUCCCUGUCCCUGCUAGUGCAACACAGGCCCACCCAAACCAAGCCUACAGCCACCUGACUCAGGCCCAGAACUACCCUCAGCAGCCAGAUGCCCAGUCCCAUCCCCGACAUCCCCAGCAGCAUUGCAGAGAGAGUCCAAACAGCCCCAGCACCAGGCCCACCUCUGACUCCCCAUCCAGUCAGGAGAGCAAGCCCAGGACUGUUAAACCACCACCUGUCCUUACCAGUGCCAAUCCUAACCAGCCGUGUCUGAUUAGUCCCUCCGGUUCACCUCUUCCUGUCCCUGCUACAGCUAGUGUCUCCUCUGAGCCCCCGCUGAACCAGCCCGGUGACACCAUUAUCCCUGACAGCAUGGAUGAGGAGGAAGAGGAGGAGGAGGAGGACAGCUGCUCAGAGUAUGACAACGUGGGUUCGGACGCGGAGGGUGUGGAGCAAGACAUUGAUCAGGUACUACAGGUGGAAGACCAGAGUAUGCAGGUGAGGUACUACAAACACUAUCCUGAGCCUCAGGAUGGAAGUUAUGUAGAGACUGAGGAUGGCAUCUAUGUGGAACACCAAGACAGAACCUACGCGGAACACCAAGACAGAACCUACGUGCAACACCAAGACAGAACCUACGUGGAAUGUGAAGACAGAACCUACGUGGAACACCAAGACAGAACCUACGUGGAAUGUGAAGACAGAACCUACGUGGAACACCAAGACAGAACCUACGCGGAACACCAAGACAGAACCUACGCGGAACACCAAGACAGAACCUACGCGGAACACCAAGACAGAACCUACGUGGAACACCAAGACAGGACCUACGUGGAACACCAAGACAGAACCUACGUGGAAUGUGAAGACAGAACUUACAUAGAACACGAAGACGGAACCUACGUGGAAUGUGAGGAUGGUACCUAUUGCCCCAAGGAUGACUCCUAUGUGGAGGGUAGUGUGGAGGGGAACAGCCUGGAGGGGGAUGGGAGCAGCACUGGACAAUGCAAACACACCAGGUCACUGUACGGACCUGAGUCUGAGGAAAUGGUUAUGUAUAAUGAAAGACUAGAGACACAUACAAAUCCCUGUAUCUCAUCUGAGCAUCAGUUCAGUGACAAUCCAUGUCAUGCCUCCAAGGCUGGAGAUGAGGAGGAGAAAGGGAAUGUGGAGGUGCAGGAGGAGGAGGUGGAGGGGCAGGAGGAAGUGGAGGGGCAGAAGGGGCAGGAGGAGGGGCAGAAGUUGCAGGAGCAGGUGGAGGGGCAGGAGGAGGUGGAGGGGCAGAAGGGGGAGGAGGAGGUGGAGGGGCAGAAGGGGCAGGAGGAUGUGAAGGGGCAGAAGGGGGAGGAGGAGAGGAAGAGCGGGAUGUGA